AUGGCAGACCUUUUAACGAAUAUAAUUCUGUUGUACUUUAAAAUGCGUUCUGUGCUGCAGAUAGCCUUAUUAACGCUGCUUUUAACCAACGUUGCACUUUGUGAAUUGUUCGAAUCGGAGGAGAUCAUUCCUGUCAGGACAAGCCGGAGAAAGAGCGGGCGUCUCUGGAAGAGGAGCGAGGAACAGCUCAGUUUCAGAUUUGUUGCGUUUGGUAAAGACUUCAACUUGCACUUGACUCCGGAUGACAGGUUUUUAGCCCCGACAAUUAAGAUCCAGCGCAUCAACUCGAAACAUCUUCCUUCACUACUAGACGCUGUCGACGCAAAAGAAAAAGGGAUUCCUUUGCCAAACGGCGCAGAUGCCAUUCUUAACAAUGUGGAGGAGACGACUGACAGUGGGACAGAGCUGAAAAGGUGCUUUUAUUCGGGGACCGUAAACUUCAACCGAGAUUCCGUGGUCGCUGUCAGUCUGUGUCAUGGAAUCCAAGGAUCGUUUAUAAUAAACGGAGAUGAGUAUCUGAUAGAGCCUAAACGGUCUUCAGACAAGAAACCCACCAAAGUCAUCUCCCAGCUGCACGUUAUUAAACGCAGAGUGUUCACCGACACGCACGGGGCUAGAACCACAUUCGAUCAGGUAGGAGAUGAUGGCGAAGAUGAGAGGAAACCAGAAAGAAACAGUUUGUUACUGGAGGAAAUUGAUGCGCAAAGGAGGACGAGGAAAAAGCGUUUUGUUUCUGCAGCCCGAUAUGUUGAGACGUUGGUGGUGGCUGAUUCCUCAAUGACACGUUUCUACGGAGACGAGAUACAGCACUACAUCCUGACCCUGGUCUCCAUGGCAGCGCAGAUCUACAAGCACCCCAGCCUGCGAAACUCAGUCAGCAUGGUGGUGGUGAAGAUGCUAGUGGUGGAGGAUGAGGAUGUUGGUCCAGACAUCUCCAGCAAUGGAGGCGUGACUCUGCGUAACUUCUGCGUCUGGCAACAACUGUUCAACCCCUCCAGCCAGAGACAUCCGGAGCACUAUGACACCGCCCUCCUCUUCACCAGAACGGACAUCUGUGGACAUCAGAGCUGUGACACUCUCGGGGUCGCUGACGUGGGAACCAUGUGUGACCCCAAAAGGAGCUGCUCUGUCAUUGAGGACAACGGUCUUCAAGCCGCCUUCACCAUGGCCCACGAACUCGGCCACGUUCUCAGCAUGCCCCACGAUGACUCCAAAAACUGUGAGAGGAUGUUCGGGUACCUGGGGGCGCACCACCUAAUGGCCCCGUUUUUCAUUCACCUCAACAAGACCCUGCCCUGGUCUCCCUGCAGCGCCCUCUACAUCACAGAGUUCUUCGACAACGGACACGGGGACUGUCUGCUGGACAUGCCAGAGAGCAUCAUGUCUUUGCCCACGGAGCUGCCAGGUCAGACGUACAGCCUGGACCACCAGUGCCAGCAGAUGUUCGGGGAGGGCCUUGUGCACUGCCCCAACACCUCCGACUCGGACAUCUGUAGUCAGCUGUGGUGCAGGGAGAAAGGGGAGCUGCAGUGCAUGACGAAGAACGGAAGCUUGCCCUGGGCCGACGGCACGGCGUGUGGCACCAACAGGACCUGUCUGAACGGCGUGUGCACGGGAGCUGAUGAGGCCCUGCAACCCAAGACAGUUGUGGACGGUGGCUGGGGAGAGUGGGGGCCGUGGGGACAGUGCUCCAGGACAUGUGGAGGAGGGGUGGAGUUCUCCCGCCGGGAGUGCACCGAUCCUGAGCCCCAGAACGGGGGGAAGUACUGCGAAGGACAAAGAGUCAAGUACCAGUCCUGCAACACUCAAGCCUGUGAAAGAAACAGCGGAAAGAGCUUCAGAGAACACCAGUGUGAGAAGUAUAACAGCGCCAAUUACCUCGACAUCAAUGGCAACAUCAAACAGUGGAUCCCAAAAUAUGCCGGCGUGUCUCCCCGGGACCGGUGUAAACUCUUCUGCCGGGCCAGAGGAAGCAGUGAGUUCAAAGUCUUUGAAUCCAAGGUUAUUGACGGCACCACAUGUGGCCCCGACACCACGUCAGUCUGUGUCCAAGGCCAGUGUGUCAAAGCAGGCUGUGAUCAGGUGAUUGGGUCCAACCAAAAACUGGACAAGUGUGGUGUGUGUGGGGGGAAUGGUUCCAGCUGCAGGAAGGUCACCGGGUCCAUGAACAAAGCCACGUAUGGCUACAAUGAUGUUGUGACCAUCCCGGCUGGAGCCACCAACAUCGACGUCAAGCAGCGCAGCUAUCGAGGAGUUAAGCACGACGGCAAUUACUUAGCCAUUAAGGGAGAGAGCGGGGUCUACAUUCUGAAUGGAAACUUCUCCGUGUCCACCGUGGAGCAGGAUAUUCCAGUGCAGGGAGCUGUGCUAAAGUACAGCGGCUCGUCCACGACCCUGGAGAGAAUCCAGAGUUUCCAGCAGCUCCGUGAGGCCGUCACAAUCCAGCUCCUAGCCACAUCCGGCGACGCUACACCGCCGAAGAUCAAGUACACAUUUUUCAUCCCCAAAGAUGUUUCCUUCAGCAAGUCCGGCGAGAAGAAGGCCUCCGUGAAUGUGAUCCAGCCCCUGUCCCCGUCCCAGUGGGUCCUGGGGGAGUGGUCGGAGUGCUCCAAGAGCUGUGGAUCGGGAUGGUCGAGGAGGAGCGUGGAGUGUAGGGACAGCAGCGGCUUCUUCUCCUACCUCUGCGACGAAAGCCUUAAGCCUGCGGACAUCAGGCCCUGCGCCGACCUGCCCUGUCCACUCUGGCAGAUGGGGCCCUGGUCGUCUUGCUCUCAGACUUGCGGCAAAGGGGAACGCCAUCGAAGCGUCUACUGUAUCGACUACACUGGGAAGAUAGUGGAGCCGGAGAAGUGCGACCCCGCCAAGAAACCCAAGCCCGUCUCUGCAGACUGCUUUUACCUGGAGUGCUGAGCCGGCUGAGCGCUACGGCGAGCUUAGAGAUUGUGCUGUGGACAGCGGAGUAGAGCUGGGAAUGGCUAACCAGCCUGCCCGAGCUUCAGAGACAAGCAGGGAGAUUCGCUUAAAUUCAAGUGAAAGCUGCACUACCUGAUCCGAACAAGAUCA